AUGUCCUCUCCGACUAAUUAUACGACGCCGUAUCCUCCAACAGCUCCAUAUGGUUCACAGUUUCUCAAUGGUUCAUCCUCAUUGCCAUACUCAUCUGGAUCUUACGACAUGCGGGCUUCCUGGAAACAGCACGCUAUUGAUCCGGCACGAAUGGAGGAUGUGCAAAGCACUCGAUCCAGUGCUGGUCCUGGUUCCCACUUGGACUCUGGGAAACGGCAUCUUGAAGGUUAUGAUGUUGAAGUCGUCUUUAACGAGAUUAUCGAACGGAGCAGCGCAGCAAUAGAGUUUGCCCGCCAUUUCAGUGCUAAAGCUCACCAAAAUAAUCGAUCUGUGCCUGCAGCAGGAUCGAUGCCCCAGCUCUCAGAGAUCGAUGAGCUUGCACAGAUUAUCCGAAAGUCGGCGGAAGCCUUGGACAAAAUUCGAUGUUACGUCGUUGAACAAACGCUGGCUGAGCAACAGGCAGAACAACGAGCACAGACAACAGUUUACCAACGGCGUGGGCCGUACAAUGAUGACCAAGCGGCCGUGUACCGUGAAGGUUUCAAAGGUGGUGGAGGCGGUUUUGCGGGCGGCGAUUCCAAAAAGCGACGAGGGAAUGGAACAACAGUUCUAAUGGUUUCCUUUUACUCUCUAGAAAGCUGCCCCACCAGGUCGUUGCCACAGCUGCAACCGAGCGGAAACCCCGGAAUGGAGACGCGGGCCGGACGGCGCGCGGACGCUUUGCAACGCCUGUGGCCUACACUACGCCAAAUUGACCCGGAAGUUGGCUGGCAGUAA